CACCGUCCACUUCCUUCAGUCAUCUUGUACUCUCUCUCUCUCUAUAAAAGCAAAGCCUAAGCAGACCAAACAAAUUCCUCUCCUCUCUCUCUCUCUCAUACACAAACACAAACACCUUUUAACCAUGGCAGACCCAUACUCCAAUUUCUUCACAGGCUUGUUCAAAUUCAACCCUUUUCACCAUGACUCAUCUCCACCUUCAAACCCACCUCCUCCUCUUCCUCUACCACCUCCACAAACCCCUUUUCCACACAGUUUCUUCAUCAACCACUUCCAAACCCCAUCAUCAUCACCUCCAUCACCUCCUCUAAGAGAAGCUCUUCCUCUCCUGAGCCUAAGCCCAACAAAGCAUGAAUACAAGCAAGAACAACUAUUAGAGGACCACUACUCCACCACCACCACAACGGCUAUGGAUGUGCUGCACAAAGGAAAAGAAGAAGAAGAUGAGGAAGAUGAUGAAGAGACUGUGACUGUUGCACUCCACAUAGGCUUGCCAAGCCCUAGUGCUGCUGAGAUGGCUUCUGUGCUCUCAGCUAAUUCUUCUUCAGAGCUUACAGCUGAUAAUAAUAAAGAUCAUGGUGGAGAUCAUGGUGGUGGUGAUCAAGAUUCUUCUGGUUACCCUAUCAUGAGUAGGCUUAACAAGGGUCAGUAUUGGAUCCCAACUCCUUCUCAGAUUCUCAUUGGUCCUACUCAGUUCUCUUGCCCUGUUUGCUACAAGACCUUUAACAGAUACAACAACAUGCAAAUGCAUAUGUGGGGUCAUGGAUCUCAGUACAGAAAAGGGCCAGAAUCACUAAGAGGAACACAACCAACAGGAAUGCUUAGGCUUCCAUGCUAUUGUUGUGCUCCAGGUUGCAGAAACAACAUCGACCAUCCGAGAGCGAAGCCGCUAAAAGAUUUCAGAACGCUUCAAACACAUUACAAGAGAAAGCAUGGAAUCAAGCCAUUCAUGUGCAGAAAAUGUGGGAAAGCAUUUGCAGUGAGAGGGGAUUGGAGGACCCAUGAGAAGAAUUGUGGUAAGCUUUGGUACUGCAUUUGUGGAUCUGAUUUUAAGCACAAAAGAUCGCUUAAAGAUCAUAUAAAGGCGUUUGGGAAUGGACAUGCAGCUUAUGGGAUUGAUGGGUUUGAAGAAGAAGAUGAACCUGCUUCUGAAGUAGAACAAGAUAAUGAAUCCAUGCAGUGACAUAGAAAAAGCCAAAAAAAAAAAAAGUGACAAAAAAAGGGUAUUUGAUUAAUUAAUAGAACAAGUAAUCUAUCUUGGUUUAUGAGCUUAGUGGAAUUAUAUAAAUAUUUAUAUAGCCAUGGCUUUUGAGUAAGAGCUAUAUAGGCAACAACUUACUUUGAA